AAGGAACAACAUCACCAAAGAAGAUAAAGGCAUGAUGAAAACUCCCUCAACUUUCUUGGUCCUCUUCUCUCUUCUUUUGAUUGUGAGUAGUAAUGAAGCUAGAAGUAAUCCAGGAAAAUAUUGGAGAAGUAUAAUGAAAGAUGAGCCCAUGCCAAAGGCCAUUCAAGAUAUAUUGCCUCUUGAAGAUGUUAAGAAAGCAAAUAAGGAUGUAUUCAUCAGAAACUUUGAUUUAAAACCGAAUCUCAUAAUUUAUCACUCUCAUGUGAUGUACACUGAAAAAAAUCAUCGAAUAGUCUCGUCUUCUUCAUCAUCUGAUAAGUUAAAUUAAUUAGUC